AAUAAUAAUAAUAAUAAUAAUAAUCCAUCAGAUCAUUACUGCGGACACCGGAGCACCGCCAACGAGGCCUCAGCCCUGGCCACGGCAGCAGCGGAUUCCAGUGGCUGACACAGCGAGCUCCCGUGGAUGGGAUCCAUGUCAAGCCAAGCAUACUCGGGUUUAGAGUUAUUAUAUUUUAUUGCUUGAGUAAAAAACGCUAGAGACAGAUACCCAGGCAACAUUAUUAGUAACAGAUGGAUUACACAGCCAAAUACGGCCGUUAAUGAGUAAUCCAAGGCAUGUGCAUGUUUUUCUCCGGCAGCCGGUGUUUACGCAGCAUUAAUGCCGUACGUACGGACAACUAACUAGCUCUGAAGAUGAUUCCAAGCGCUCAGACUCUCAGGCAACCAUCUGCAUAAAGAUAGCCGAUUCUCCCUGUUUUGUUGAUUGUUUGUUUGGUUUUCGCUUCCAAAGAAACCUGCUUCAUAUCAUUUCAUUUGAAUCAAUUACCAGAGUUGGGGUUGGUCCAUUAAUUAUUAUUUUAUUAUAUCCCCCUGCUUUCCCCUUCUCCACGAGAACAACAACAAAAGAUAAAAAACAAGAAUAAUCAUCACAAUACCAUACCACUCGCCGCGACGCAGCCAACCCACCCACCUACCUCGCACCGCACUUUCUCACCGCCUUGGCUCUAAUUGGACAAUCGGCAUUGAGCCUGGCCAGACCCAGACUUCCAAGGUUCGGCAGACUUUUUUGCACGCAACCACUGAGUCAUCGCAGCCAACCCUUCAAAAGUGAAGCAAAUCCCAACCAACAGCUGGUGCUGCCGCUGCCAUCACCACCACAUUCCUAUCACACACACACAACAAGCCAAUUCUCUGCCGCUAGAAUUCGCCAUGUCAACUCUGUCCUCCCCUUUUCCCUCCUCUCCCGCCGCCUCUCUCUUCUCUCCUUUCUCAAUACAUCCACCUCCAGCAAAGAAGCAACGAAAAAUGAGCCUCACCCAGACAUACUUCCUCGCCCACACCGCCAGAGCUAAGCUUUCCAGAGAAGCUUCUCGGCCAGACCACGACCUGCGAAUCCUCGUAGGCCAUGCCAACAUGCUUGAUUCUCUCAUGCUCGAGCUCGCAGACGCAGAAAGGGAACAAGAGAAAUGGUUUAAUCGCUCUGUUCAAGGUGCUACGGAAAGGCUAUCACAGGAGGAGCUGCAACAGCAACGCAGACACAUCAAAUGGGCUGAUGCACUAGUGGAGGAGCCUGAGGACGACUGGGACCCAGAAGACCUAUCUUCUGAUUCUGAUUCAGAUAGCGACGACUCAGAUGGCUACGAUGAAGAAGACAUUUUCUCUUCCUCCUUACUCUCCCGAUCCUAUCAACAGCCUCAACAGCAACAGCUACAAAUGGAGUUACGAAUCCCCUCAACCCCGUUAAUCACAACCCGGGAAAUACUACGAUACGCAGACGAAGAAGAAGCUAUAGAGGAAGACGACGAAGGAGACUCUGACGAACUCGCUCUUACACGAACACACUCCCGCUCCCAACAACAACCGCCCGAACUCCUCGAUGAUUCCGACUACUCUUCGUCAGAAGACGAAUCGGUGCCCAGCACACCUCCACAGCCCACACUCGACUCCUUUAGCGAGAAGGCAGCCGUGGUCACAACCGAGCUAUACGCUACAGAAAAACAAUCAGAGCCGCCGAAGUUCGCUACUCUAUCGUCGUCACCAGCAUCAGAACAAACGGCAGCGCUUUUCGAGGACGGGUUUUUCCUCCCUCACCAGCAAGAGGGUCGGACUAUGAUUGAAGCUUUCUAAAUUAAUCUAGAAUCUCCUCCAUAGCCAUGAAUACUUGAAUAUCGGCCUUACGACUUUACGAUUCUCCUUCUGACUGAUUUCCGAUUCUGAUUCUGAGCGACGUCUUUUUUGAUUUUGCCUUUUUCUUAGAGCAUUUGCAUCAACCGCCAUAUCUUUUCUUUUGUAAACACGUCGAGCAAGCCGACGACGAUGAAAUGAGACUUUGGACGGGUUUUGGGUUUUUUCCUUAUAUCAAAAAGUUCUUUGUUCUCCCGAUAUACUAUCAGUUACCCCUCUUGGCGGCGUUUCAACAUCUCCUUUUUAUCUAACACAACACCACAUCCCCUUUGUCCUCCCACCCUUCUCGCCGUUUCUCAUCAGCCAGUGCUUCAACCAUAAAACGCAUAACCAAACCACCCACUCUCCUCUUCCGCUUCGCUACACUACACUACAAAUUUCCGCAAAGACACACAUUACAUCUAUUUUCCACACCUCCUUUUCAAAGCAUUAAAGCCAAAACCAACAGAUUCUCCCGUCCAUUUCACAUUCCCAUUCCACUCCACCACGUCUCCCUUCCCCUUCUUUCCCGCUCUCUCGUUUUUCCCCUGUGUGUUUCCCCGCGCUCUCCAUCCCACCGUAUAAAUCCGGUCGAUGGUCGAAAGGAGGCGGAGAGAAACGGGCGGGGGUUUCAAAGAGAUCGGAUUUGAGAUUGGCCUCGGACCGUGGUUUGGAUAUUUGGAAUUUGGAAUUAGGAAUUAGGACUGGUUGAGAGCUGGGUUUUCUGACCUUUUUAUAUAUUUCUUCAACAUAUACAUUGAUAUCUUAUAUAUAGCUAUAUAUUUGAAAAAAAAAAAAAAAAAAAUCUACAAUUUUGGAUAAUUGAUUUAGUUUUCUCGAUCACACUCUUUAUCUAAAUAAGUGAAAUAUUUUACCAGAUGAGUACGAAAUU